AUGGCGACGGAGAAGGGAGCGACGGAGGCGGAGAAGGAUGCAUGUGACGGCAGCAAGGAGAUCACCCUGAAGAGCUCGAAGGGGAAGGAGUUCCGUGUGUCGGAGGCGGUGGCGCGGCUGUUGUCGAUCGUCGCGCGCGGCCAUGAUCAGCGAAGGCCCGACUCCGACCCCAGCGCCGCGACCGGCAACAGCAGCGUCAACACCGCGGCAUCCGAGAACCUGGAGAAGUGGGACCGCGAGCUCGUCGACGGCCUCGGCCAGGACGCCCUCUACGACCUCAUCAUCGCCGCCAACUACCUCGACAUCCAAGGGCUCCUCAACGCCACCGGCCAGAAGGUCACCGACAUGAUGAAGUGCAAGACCACGGCGCAGUUUUAA